AUGGUUGACAUAUCACUAGUAGACGAUUCCUAUGUGCUUCACCGCCCCUUCUUUGUACCGACCAAAGAUGGCGCCGUCUGGGCGAUAACAUUUACCACCUAUGGCGGAACAAUCCUAACAGCCGGAAUCUCCGUUAUUCUGACCUUGGUUUUUGUGGCACUCUGGGAUCUUAUCUGCUUUAUUGCCAUAGUAUUUCCUGGAGCAACGACUCGGCGGCGACAUCUUGCUCUGGUAACCCUUUGGAAUUCCAACGACUCUUGGUUUGCUUUCAAAGAACUGGCAAAAUAUGCAUUCCAUUACUUUGGAUCCGAAUCUGAUUUCGCUUACGGUCUCAUAUUCUGCGUCCUAGCGUUCAUCAUCUACGGUGGCAGCUUGUCACUGGGGAUCGUUGGGCCCUCGUUGAUGCAAGUCGGGACUGUUGCACCUGCACGACCGAGUGCCGUCUACUAUCCUAGUUUGAUCAACGACACGACCACUCAACUCGAAAACUACGGGAUACUCUCUCCCGCAAACCUACGUGCCCUCGGCAGUGUGGAUGCCUCCCUCGGUACACUAGGAGACAAUGUGAAAAUAGAAGAGCCAAUCCUUCUUGGCCAAGUGGGAGGUGAAAAUAUCUAUCAGUAUUCGUACACCUACUCACUCACUGGAAUUGAUAUCGGCCUCCAACACGGUUCCGAGCUUGCAUUAAAUGCUACAGGCUCUUGUAGAACCGAGUAUGGGUGGAUCUCAAACGCCUCGAAUGCAAAUACGGACGUAUAUCGCUUGUGGGAUGAUGCCACCCAAGGGGCAGUGGUCCCCAUCAAUCCGUAUGCUCUUCAAGAUGCUCCGAAAGCGACAUUCCAAUUUCAUCCAAACGCAGUCAAUCAGUCUAUCCAAAAUGGCAACAUCUCCUUUGCUAUUGUGGCUUGGUCAGCCCACAGAGCGAGCAUCAAACAAGGAGAUGAUCCGUGGUAUAAGACAGAAGUUCGGACGGAGAAUAUUUCGGUUCCUUUCAACGCGCCCUUUUGGGUCCAGCGAUCAAGACCAGCGCUCUCCUGCUGGCAACAAGACAGCUGGACCUACGGUUCCCAAAACGUCACAAACAUCUACGGCCUUCGAGAAUUGAAAGGCAUAAAGAUUAAACCCGUUCUGCUCAGUGUCUUGGAAAGAGCUUUGGGUCUUCCGGUGGUGGUGAACUUGGGCAACGGAGGUGGUCUAUCGGCACUUAAAUCCGCAAGCACAAGCCCCAACGGCGCCAUAAACGCAGAAGUUUCAAGCAUCGCCGACGACCUGAAGCGUCUGAUUCUGGCCAGCUUUGUAUUGACACGGAAUGUCCUUUUGGAUACCACGACGUAUAAGGCUGGCAGUGGACUGGACAACAUUAUGCAAGACGAGAAUGGUGAUCCUGCCGAUGGCGCGGGUGAUUUUGUUCUCUCAAGCCCCAACUUCCAAACCUUUUCCAUGGUUGGCAUGAUUGUCCUCUUGGUGGUCUUUGUUACUCUCUUCGUCAUAAACAUGCUUUUGCAUCAAUUUCUUCGUUUUUACACUGAGAAGAACCCAAAUGGGAAGGCCGGAGGUAAAACGAUGCUGUUCAAAGUAUUGCCAGCAGCCCAGCUAUUCCGGCGUGUUUACGAACCCAGAGUCGAGAGUCAAGUGGAUGCAUUGUGGCCAUGCUCUGCUGGCUUCCCAUUAAAAGAGGAUAAAACGGAAUUUAGAGUGGACAAGUGUCCGGUAGGGGAUGCAAAUUGCAAUGGCCAUAUCAAUGGCGAGCUUCGUGGGCCAGAGCCUGUAGCUCAAAUCAGUGAGGAAAACGCAACCACCACCACCGCCGAGUCAUUGACGGCGAAGGAAAAGGCGACUGUGGAUAUCCAGCAGACUCACAUAAAUUGA